AUGGAGAACCGAACGUCUGUCACCGAGUUCAUCCUGCUGGGCUUCCCUCUCCAGCGGGAGCUUCGGCUCCUCUCCAUCACCAUCUUCCUGGCCAUCUACCUCAUCACAGUCCUCUCCCAGCUGGAGGCUGACCUGCGCACCCCCAUGUACUUCUUUCUCAGCAACUUCUCCCCGCUGGAGAUUUGCUACACCUCGGUCACGGUGCCCUGGCUGCUGGGAGAUUUCCAGCAUGGCCAUCGUGCCAUCUCCUUCCGUGCCUGCAUCACCCAGAUGUACUUCUUCUUCUUCUUCGGCUCCACAGAGUUCUUCCUCCUGGCUACCACGGCUUACGACCUGUACCUGGCCAUCUGCCACCCACUGCACUACCCGAUGCUCAUGGAUGGCCGGGCCUGUGCCCGGCUGGCCCUCGCCUCCUGGGUGAGUGGCUUCCUUACCCCCUUCCUGCCCACAGCCUUCAUCUCACAGCUGCCCGUCUGUGGCACCAACUGGAUCAACCCCUUCUUCUGUGACACAGGGCCCCUGCUGAGGCUGUCAACCGGUGAUACCCACAUGGCCAGCAUCUUGAUCUUCCUGGUCUCAGCGGUGGUGGUGCUCAGCUCCUUCCUCCUGACCCUCACCUCCUACACGCUGAUUGUCUCCACCAUUUGCCAUAUCCCAUCCACAGGGAGACACAAAGCAUUCUCCACAUGUGCCAGCCACCUCACUGUCGUCACCAUCUUUUACGGCACGGUCAUAUUCAUGUACAUUCGUCCAGGAUCUGGCCGGGCCUCCGACAUGGACAAAGUGAUGUCGGUCUUCUAUGCCAUUAUCAUCCUGCUCCUGAACCCUGUCAUCUAUACCCUGAGGAACAGGGACUUCAGGAGAGCCCUGGGGAAGGCCCUGAGGAGCGUGAAGGCUACCCUUACUGUCCUGACCUGA